UCUGAUUAUGCUUCAUCGCUUGUUACUUUUGAAACUACGGGUUCUAGCAGGUUCUGUACUAAUGGUGUACUAGGAGGCGAUGUGGCUACACUAUUAGCCCAGUGACCUUGCGCGAUAUGGGUCGACAGGCUUAUUUGAACCGGCUCGCUUUGGGCCGGUCCCCAUACGAAGCUCCCGACAAUGCGGCAGUUGACCCCUCCAGUCCAGUCCGACGGAUCUCCAACGUCCAUGCAGACAAUUAUAUGCAGCAAUAUGAUACUCGAGGGCACCCUGUUAAUCCCGAGUCCAGAAUCCUCGGGAAAGACCUCCGAAGAGCAAAGAAUGACAUUCUUUCGACAAUGGGAAUUGUCGUCAGUGGAGAAGACCGAAACUCUAGUAUCCCGAAUGAACAGCAAAAGGUCAACCAGAUUGCGAGUGAAAAUGACUUCGGACUGGUCAUAACAACUCUCGAUCAACUGUUCAUCUUCUUCGGUACCUGGUGGACCUCUUCAGUCACCGGUCGAGUACAGACUUACCGGCAUUAUGCCCAUUCCGCAUUAAUCAGUGUCGUACAGUCUGAGAGAGAUACCGCAGGGAUUCUUAACUUUUAUUUUUCGGGAAUUCCUGCCUGGGCAAUGUCCAGUGGGUUGGCGAUAGCUCGUGAAACCCCGCUAAAACGGGUGUUUGUCUCUCUCCGGGACUACGCCCAGACUUUGACAGGCGACUCACUCGGUGUUCGUUCUCUUUUCGGGCUUUUAUAUACGGCGGCGAGAAAUUCUGUGCUCAUGUUGUCUAUGGAGUUCUACAUGUACUCCACACUCCAAUCUCUUUCCCUUGUGUCUCCAUAUGGCAUUCCCGGCUUGCAACUUCUGCUUCCCUUCAGCAGCGAAUCUUUGCUACAGCUGCCACCCUUGCCCACUGAUUUCUCCCCUCACUCACUGGGGACCUCGCUCGUGGAAUUGUUGAUCUCCCCUGGCGCUUUAGUGUUCCUCUAUGGCUACUACCUGCGACCAGAGCUUGAAGAGCGUAUCUAUCGGUUGAUCAGACGACACCUUCCAAAGCCAGCUCUUCCUGAUGAACUUUCAGUCCGCGUUGCCUUUGAAGAAAACCUGAUAGAGUGGGUAGUGCCCACCCUGGGCCGCAGAUCAGACGAAGAGUUACACCGCGGCAAGCUCACGCUAUUCGAAGACAUCAAGUUCGAACUGGCCAUUUUUCGAAGAUGGGUAUCAUCGCUUUUUGGAUCGAGAUCGAACCAAUCCCUAGAGCAGCAAGCUCUCCAGUCCUUUAGAGACGAGAGGAUUGAAAAUCUACGCCAUUCGAUUGAGUUGUUGCAAAAUGAACUUGACGGAGCCCAAGAAAACCUUGUUGCCGAAGAAGGGCCAAAUGGUCCUGUGCCUAGACCGCCGGGGAUCACUCCCUCAGCCCAGGUUGCCGCUCUUGCAUCACGAGCACGACCGCGGCCGCAGGAAGCAAGUCGACCCACGCAUUUGACUCAGGCAGAAUCAGUUAUUGGGUUGAAUCAGGUCCUUACAAAUGAAAAUCGUAUGUCUCAAUCGCCUGGGGAAAUGAGCAAUGACUAUUUCUCCGAGAUAGCUACUGCUGGACGGACGAGUCGUAUCUCGGCCACUUCAACCCCGCAGGACCAAACAGCCCCUUUGGAAAACGGUGAGGAUUUUGAUAUAGAUCGACAGAGCUCGCGAUCUAAUACUCUGUUUUCUCGCCCAUCAUCACCAGCGACAUCGCCUCCUACGUCGCCUCGCGUAAGAGCAUCCUUGAUUCACCAAAGCCCCGACGUUAUCACGAUGCAACUUGAGUUGAUGGGCAAUCGGAACCGCCACCCGCAGCUCCACGCUUCAAAUCCUACCCAGCUGAAUGCACCGGCACGCAAUGAUGUGUCAGGACCCAAUACAAAUCCAGACGCCAUGGACAGACGAUCCAUAGCCGAGUUCCUCGAGGCUCUGAUCUUAAGUCAGGCCGAACGCCAGGCCCAGCAGCCCCUAGCGGCAGCAGAUACGGACGGCCUCUCAAGUAUCACUGCCGGGCCAUCCAACACUACCCCACAAGACUUGGGUGCCCCUGAAUUAGACCCUCAAAUUCCAGCCCCAGAAACUCAAGCCACCGACGCUCCAACUUUAGAGUCAAUCGAGGAAGCGCUAGGGCCCAUCGUUCCCAACAUUCUCCCAGAUGGCGUGGAAGAACCAAAUGACGAAGAGCCCCCCAAUGAAUCAAACCCUGUCGCAGAUACAGACCAUAAUGAAGAAACCCAAUCCGAUACCCUCGUCCAGCCAAUUCUACCCUCUUCUCUGAUUCCCGGACAAAUGACAAACCCAUUGGCGCAAGUCCACCGGGUCACCCUUCUUUCGGCAUACCCAGUGGACUCCCUCGCAUCUCAUCUCGCUGCUGCAAUCAGCGGCAUCAUGCUCGCCCCGCUUGAAGCACUCUACCUUCGCUCAUUGACCAGAUCCUGGAUUAUAUCACACCCUUCCUCCGUUACCCGUCUCUCAGAUGUCCAUCCGUUGGGUCUUUGGUUUGGCGGAAGAACUUGGCCAGACAUAUGGGCCUAUUCCUGCCGACUCCUCCUCAUGAGAGGAAUGCAAGUUGCGAUGAGAGCCGGGAUUUGGGGGUUCCUGGUCGGCUCGACGAUGAGGAUAGGGAGGAACUUCUGUGGCUGGGGAACCUUGUGAUGAAUAAAAUAUAUGGGUGGUUGAUCUUAUUCGGCAAGUGCCUUUUCAUCUGAGGAUUAGCGUUCACACUUCCAAGGUUGCUAAGUUAUUCUGGCCUUGCCAAUAUCUAUCAUAGACCUCCAGGGCUGUUUGGUCCUAAAAAAAGCGUGGGGGUUUAACCUUGGAAGGUACGGAGUACAUAGUUUAGUAUGAAAAUUGAUUUUUAUUUCCUUCCGA